CUUUUUUUUAAACAGAUAACGCUAGAUAGAUUAGUCCGUUCGUCGGCCAAAGACCAUAGAGUCAUAGUUAUCCAACACGAUCGACAGGUUACAUAACUCUUAGUUUUUAUCACGUUUUAUUUUGUAGUUGUCUAUCUUUUAUUGCGUUCUUUUAAAUUAAAAAUGGUGAAAGCGAAACGAUGGAUUCAGAUCAAGCCAUUUGAAGGCCCUGCUUCACUUGACAAUUUUAAGCUAAUUGAAGAAGAAUUACCGGCUCUUAAAGAUGGGGAAAUUCUUAUAGAAGCACUCUAUUUGACAGUAGACCCUUAUAUGAGGGUAUUCCCGAAACGUGUUGAUGACACACCAAUAGGACAACAAGUAGCCAGAGUAACAGAAAGCAAGAAUGCUGCUUACCCAGUGGGCAAACUGGUGCUGGCCAUGGUCGGAUGGAGGGAUAAAACAGUGCUGCACCCUGAUCAAGACAACCCAUUUUAUGUCACUAGAUUUGCACCCAAGAAAACUCUUUCACAGAUUCCAGAUGUGGGUGAUUUCCCUUCUUCUCUGUAUUUGGGAAUACUUGGUAUGCCAGGGCUAACUGCUUACUUUGGACUUCUGGAAAAGUGUAGACCUAAACCUGGAGAUGUUGUUGUUGUCAGUGCUGCUGCUGGGGCUGUGGGCAGUGUGGUUGGACAAAUUGCAAAAAUUAAAGGGUGCACAGUGAUUGGAUCAGCUGGGAAUCAAGAGAAAAUUGAUUGGUUAAAAAGUUUAGGCUUUGACCAUGUGUUCAACUAUAAAACAACAACAGUAGGACAGGCAAUCAAAGAGUUUGCUCCAGAUGGUAUUGAUUGCUAUUUUGAUAACGUUGGUGGUGACUAUGCCCUAACUGUGUUGGACUCUCUGAGGCCAUAUGGUAGAAUGUGCUGCUGUGGACAAAUUUCUCGCUAUGACACAACACAAACUGGGCCCAUUAAAGAUUUAAUCCAUACCAUAAUGAUCAAUGAGCUCUCUGUCAGUGGCAUCAUGGUCUAUUCAUAUUCAGAAAACUUUACUUCUGCUCAACAGGAAAUGGCUAAUUGGAUUAAGGAGGGCAAGCUUCAGUACAGAGAGACAUUGUUUGAUGGAUUUACCAAGUUGCCAGAAGCAUUCCUAGAAAUAUUCAAGGGAUCGUCUGCUGGGAAAUUGAUUGUGAAAGCAUAAAUAAAUGUUUUGUUUAUAUACAUAUCCCCACUACUUCACUCUUAAAAGUAAUAACAUGUUUAAGUCUACAGCUUCACAUAUCUGACUUGGUUUGAACAUUUUGUUGUUGCAGUCAAAGGAGCCUUUUUUUAAUUUAUUGCAUUUUGUGUGAAUAUAAACAAUGUUUUUAAAUGUAUAGAAGUCUCUUUAAUGAAAAAAAAAAAGAGUUAACAUAGUGAUUUUAAUGAAUUGGCUGUUUUUAUUUUCUUCUUUAUUUAUAAAUAUUUGUUAUUAUACCUAUGUAAUCAUCCUAUAUAUUUUCUUAUACUGCCUUGGGUGUAGUUAAUUAUUUCAUAAUUAUCUGCAUACCUUUUUUUUUUUGAAAGCUACUUUAUCUGGAAGUGAAUUUCCUGGUAUUGUCAGCUCCCAUUUAGUCAUUAUACAGUACCUGUAUUUGUAUUGAAUGCUGAGUUUGUUUCAACUGCAGUCUUUUUUUUUUAGUUAUUGACUGUGGGUUGUUGGUUAAUGUGAUUUUUUUAACGAUUUUUUUUCACAGUAUUAAAUUAUAUACUUUUAAUAAACAUCUAGAUAUUUUUAUAAUAAA